AUGGGAACUUAUCAUACACGCCUCGGGAGUGUUCCUCUGGUUUUCUUGUUUAUAACGUUCGCAAUAAUUUCCGAUGGGAAUGUCAGUGGUGCCUCGUUGAUAUUCGAAUUGCCUGACAAAGAAAACUAUUGUUUUUCUGAAGACUUUGAUGGAAUAACGGUAGGAAAACGGUUCAAAUUUCAAUAUAAAGUUAUAAGAGGAGGAAAUAAUGAUGUGGAUGCCAAAGUUAUCUCCCCUAAUGGAUUAGUUUUGUUCAGGGAAUCUAAGAAUCACGAGGGAGAGUUCGUCUUUGAUGCUUCCAGAGGGGAAUUCAGAUUCUGCUUUGGAAAUGAGUUUUCAACUUUUACUCAUAAGAUUGUAUACUUUGAGUUGAGAAACAUGGAAAUUUCUAACCUCGCUGUUGAAGCAGGAGACAAAAUCCCCACCGUGAAAACUUCCGCUGAAGCCUCUUGUGACGUCAUUCACGAGCGGAUGUCGUCUGUAGUGAGCUAUCAACGAGAGUAUCGUUUGAAGGAAGCUAUGGGGCGCCAUGUGGCAGAGAAUAUUAAUAAAGGGGUCUCGUGGUGGUCCGUGGGACAAACGUUUUUCAUUUUACUGGCCGGUGUGGGGCAAGUCCUUCUGCUCAAGACUUUCUUUACAGAAAAAUCGCCAAUAAAGCAGGACGCUUGA